AUGGACAGCCCGGACCUCAGCAGGCCUAACGGACCCUCUGGCGUCGGCAAACGUGCGCCCUUCUCUUCUGCAACUCCGAGCUCCAGCAGACCCUCCUCAAGAUCGGGUUCACGCUCGAGAUCAGGCUCUUUGCUCAAUCCUCGUACGCUGCCAGCGCCCAGCUCGCCUUCCAUCCUGUCGACAUCGCCCUCGGACCUUGCCGUUCCCAGGCCAGCAGCCGCGAGCCUCUCGGGCUUGCCGGGUCGAGCCCGGAGUGGCUCUGAUCUCAGCAGACGGAGCGUCACGUGGAGUCUGCCGCCGCCUGCCACGACGCCUGGCCAGGAUGUACAGGCGGCGGGAUCGACCGGCAAGCCAGCCAAUGGCCUGGGGCUGCCGGCCGAAACGACAUCCCCAAAGAGGCUGCGGUCUCCGCGGACAAGUCUCACUAAUCUUCGCAACUCGUUGAGAGACCCGGCCGGGACGCUCGGUGUCCUCGAGCCAGUCGCGACAGACAGCGCGCCCGCCACGGGAAGCUACCCGCUGGUCUCUGACCUCGCGACCUACCCGCCCUCGCGCUCGGGCUCACCGCUUAUACCCUCUCUUCGAGCUCAGGCCCCGCUAUCUGGAUCUAACUACGAGUCCCCAAUGCUAGGGCCUGUGCCAGAAUCUGCUCUCAUCAAUGGCGAAAUGGGACUCCUGUCGUCUCCAAACUCUCGCCCGGCUGGCUUACAGGCCGACUACGAUAUGUCGGCCCUCAAUACGCCCGUUAGUGGCAUGCCACCUACUUUUGACGCCGCGGCGACUCGCUCCCGGUCAGGCACGCUCAUGAGCGCUGCAGGUUCGGUAGAGACGACUAACACGACCACACCUCUCCGACCUACCAGACCACGGGUCGGACGCUCUCGCAGCUCCACGAUUGCCUCCAUUGUCAGCGUCGAUACCUUCUACUAUGUGCGAGACUACCCUGUCGAGACUGCCGCUUUUGGCACGGUCCAUCUGGGCAUGUUCCUCAAGAAGAAAUGGUGGCCGUGGUAUCUCUUGAUCGGCAUCAUCGUCAUCCUCACAGUCGUGGUGACGAUCUUCCAUCACACAAUUGUCGUCGCCCUGCUGCCAGUCUCACGCAAAUUGCGCGAUCUGCCGGCCGGUUGGCUGAUACCAAUCAUGAUCAUCUUUGUCCUCUCAUUCCCGCCACUCUUUGGAGCAGAGCUCGUCAUCAUCCUCGUGGGUAUCAUUUGGGGCCUAUGGAUUGGCUUCGGUAUCGUGUGCGCUGGCACAUUCAUCGGUGAGGUUGGCAACUUUUACGCCUUCAAGGGUAUCUGUACCGGCCGGUCGCGCAAACUUGAACAGACCAGCCCCAAUUAUCGCUGCAUGACACGGCUCGUCAGGAUGGGCGGCUUCAAGACUGCAUGCCUGGCCCGCUUCUCUGCUAUACCUGGCCAUUUCACGACUGCAGUAUUUGCGUCAACAGGCAUGUCUAUUUGGGUCUUCAUGGCAGCCGCCGUCAUCUCUCUGCCGAAACAGCUCGCGAUUGUCUAUCUGGGCACGUUCUUCCUCACGGAAGGUUCAAAAAGGAGCACGGCCUCCAAAGUCAUUCAAUAUCUCGUGGUCAUUUUCACUUUUAUCAUCACCUGCGCCGUCGCGUGGUACUUAUAUCGCGAGAUGGCGAAAAUUCGGCCGUCUGUGUUGCGAGAGAUUGCAGAAGAGGAGGAAGUGCGUAGGGCGAACACGAUCGAGAACGGACACGCGAGGCCGACGUUUGCAACGAUCUACGAAGACGAGACCCCAAGAUCAGAGUACCCGGACGAGGGGGUCGAGACUCCCAUGAAAUACGUAGAUCUCGAUGCCUCUUCCCCUUCCAUCACGGCAACUCAUGUCUUGACGAGCCAUGCGCGGACCACUACGUUGACGCAGCAAGCAGAGAUACUGCCGCUAGCUGCACUGGACCAACGUACUGAUCCGACGCCGACGAUCACCGUCGACUCGCCUCAGAGUCCACCUCGGACUUCGAAUGCAGUUUUUGCUCUACCUCAACCCAACGACGAGUCUGCGCCAGAGCGGCCAUCUCACAAUCACUACUUUCCUUCGACCUAG